AUGGGUCGAGCUAUUGUGAACAAGGUUAUGGACAAUCCUAAAUGCACCCCUAAGACUAUUUCCAUAGACAUAAACGGUGAAUUUUCUGCUAAAAUGACUUACAUGCAAUCGUGGAGAGCUAAGGAGUGUGCACGUCAUAUCAUUGAGGGAAAUCCCAAGGAUAGCUAUAUUUUAGUCCCGUGGUUAUGUGAACGAAUAGCAGAAUAUAUUCCCGGGACAAUUACAUCGUGGGAGUGCACGGAUGAUGGGAGAUUUAAGCGAGUGAACAAUGCUUGGUGCAACGGGGUUCGAUGCGAUGAUGGCUUGUGGCCUUUGGCGUAUGCUGUUAUUUCUUCUGAGAAUGAUGAUGAUUGGCAUUGGUUCUUGAGCAAGGCGAAAGAGAUUCUAGAUGGUUGCAUUGUGACAAUCUUAACCGACAGGCAUCGGAGCCUAAUAAGCUGUAUUAGAGAUAUUUUUGGCUCCCAGUACCACUCAUGGUGUCUUCAUCACCUAACGGCGAAUUUUUCUACAUCCAUUCUUGGGAGACAAAGUUUAGGAUCGGGUAAAGAACAAGCAAAAAAAUUACUCGAUAAAAUUGCAUAUGCUCGAACUGUAGAUGAGUAUGAGAAUGCAUUGGCUGCCAUGUGGGUAUUUCGAGGGGAGUUGUGCGAUUGGGUUUUGGCGAAUUCACCUGAACAUUGGUCAAAUGCUAUGUCUACUUCCAAACGUUGGGAUAAAUUAUACACCAAUCAAGCAGAGUCCUUCAAUGCAUGGGUGAAAGAAGAGAGGGUUUUUUCAAUCAUAAGGCUGAUGGAUACACACAUGCAAAGACUCAGUAAAUUUUUAUACCAAAAGAGUUUGGACAUUCAGAAGUGGACUAUCCCGGUUGGGGAUCGUAUUGAGGAGAAAAUCCAAAAAGAGCAAGAGUUAGCACUUGGUUUUCAGUCGAUGCGUGUUUUGCCUACUGAGUGUACAGUAUAUAAUCGAGACAGAAAACCAUUCAGGGUGGUAUUUGGCAGUGAAAAUUCUUGUAGUUGUUUGAAGUGGACCAUGAGUGGGAUUCCUUGUUCUCAUGCAUGCUAUGCCAUCCAUGAAUUAUCUUUAAAUAUUUAUGAGAUGGUUGAUCCAUGGUUUAGGGUUGAAACACAACAAAAACUAUGCGAACAUCUCAUGUCUUCUGUCCCCAUGCAUGAUAUGCCGAAUCUAGCUGUUGUUGUUAUUGCUGCUGCUGCUGACGGUGAAGGUGCUUCCCAUCUUAGGCCUCCUACAGUAACACGUCCCCCUGGAUGA